UCAAUUUUGUUUACCCUCCCUUGCAUAUGAAAAUGUAGUGGUAAAUUUCCACUCUGGUCGAUACUGUAGCAAACAUUUUUUUCGGAACGUUACUACGGUGUAUAUUCCACAAGUAUCGUUUAGCCACUCAUUCAAGUUUAUGUUGUGGAAAUUGUGUUUUUUUUUAGUAGGAUUAACAAGUCACUUCAUCGUAAACAAAUUCAGAUGCUUCUGCUCAAAAUUUAGAAUACAGUUUAAUGUUGCUACAAAAACAUCAGUUUAUUGUAAAUCCUUCAAAGCAGCUUCCUGGUUGGACAGCAGUUUGUCCAGAAAAAACUGCAUAGAAUGUUUGCUGGUGUGAAUAUUUGUUUGUGAAUUAACAGUUCAUUUCUCAGACAAAGUGUAGAAUUAGUGUUGAUAAAACUAUAGCAACAUUUGAUGUGCCAAUUGCAAUGGAAUUUCGCAGAAUUACCGCCAUACUUCUUAAUAUACGAAGAAGCGAUAACGAGUGAAGACAGGCGACAACUCGACCGAAGGUCAUUAAUUAACAUCUCUAAUGACCACAGUCGAAGUCCACGUUAGAAUGCAAUACAAGGUCAUCGAAUUGUGAAAAACAUUAGACCUGAGCUUUUUUAGAUGAAGAAAAAAAAAUAGAUGAAACCUGAGCUUUUAUCUGCCUCAACACAGGUGACUUAAAAUGGUAUUCAUACAGAAUCCACCAUUUACGGGUUUUCAACGAUUAACAUUUUAAUUUAUUCGAUUAGAUUUCAUAUUUUCUCAUUCUUGUUUGAAGUUGUGUUUUGCAAUGCAGAAUGUAGGCACUACAAGUUAUUUAGAACCACAAACUAGGUUCAUUAUUCUUCCAAAUGCUCUAUGAUAUCCUUUGGAAAGACCUGGGAGUACUUCUAGAUUCUUCACUUACGUUCAAAAAUCAAGUGUCAUACGUUGUUUCGAAAGCAUCAUCUCAGUUAGGAUUUAUCUUCCCAUUUGGCAAAUACUUCCAGGAUGUGUACUGCUUGAAGACUAUAUUUAGCUUUAGUACGGUCAACGCUCGAGUACUCAGCUGUCGUAUGGGCGCCAUAUUUCCAAAACGGAAUCAAUAGAAUCGAGGCGGUUCAACGGAAGUUCGUACGUUUUGCGCUGCGUCAUUUGCCGUGGCGUGACCGGAAUAACCUUCCUAGAUAUACUGAGCGCUGCAGGUUCAUACAUCUGGAUGCUCUCGACGUCAGAAGAGAUGUCGCUAAAGCCUGAUUUAUCAGCGACUUGCUAACUUCUAAUAUAGAUUGCCCCGAGCUUCUCAGUCGUCUGGACGUAAACACCCGUAGACGUACUCUUCGGUCCCAUACGUUUCUUAGCACAGGCAGAUCCAGGACGAAUUACGGGAUGCACGAACCGAUGAAAUAAUUGAUUUCAUCAAAUUUUAAAUUGGAUCGUAUUGAAUGGCCUGUGCAGGACGGAUUUAUUUUCAAAACAAAAGAUGGACGAUUUGGAAACACAAGGAGAUUCGGAGGAUCAACAUUCGCGUAUAAUUAUUCAUAUCGACAUGGACUAUUUCUAUGCUCAAGUCGAAGAGGUGCUGAAUCCGAGCCUAAAAAAUUUACCGCUUGGUGUGAAACAACGAACCAUGAUAGUAACGUCCAACUAUAUUGCGCGAGAGUUCGGCAUUAAGAAAAUGAUGCUGAUCAGUGAAGCCAAGAAACUGUGUCCCGAGUUAGUGUUAGUCAAUGGAGAGGAUUUGACCAAAUAUCGACAGAUGUCGGUGAAGAUCAAUGAAAUCAUGCACAAGUUCACACCUAAUGUAGAAAAGCUGGGAUUAGACGAGAAUUUUCUAGAUAUUACCAAGGAAAUUUGCCAAAAGCUUGAGCAAGACGAAAACAUAGAUCAACAUAUAGAAAAUGUUGAGGGAUAUAUACAUCCACCAAUUGAAACAGGAAUGUCGGCGCGGGGAGCAUUCAGAAGAGCUUGUUGCUGCGGCUGUGAUCGAAAACUAAUUUUGGCAACCCACAUAGCAAAAGAGAUUCGAAAUUGUGUUUUCCAGGAGCUUGGCCUAAAGUGCAGUGCGGGAGUUUCUCACAAUAAGCUGUUGGCAAAAUUAGUUGGUGGUAUAAACAAACACAAUAAGCAAACAGUUUUGCUGCCAAAUUAUGCAUCCGAAUUUGUUGCUUCGUUAGGACCAGUAAAAAGCCUAACUGGGAUUGGGGAAAAGACAGCCCAAAUUUUGGAAGAUUGUGGCAUUAAAACCGUUCGUGAACUCCAAGAAACGGCUCUUGAACAACUUCGCAGAAAGCUAGGACUUGAACAAGCCAGUAAACUAAAAGAAAUGGCAUUUGGAAGAGACAACGCACCGGUGAAGCAGACGGGAAAACCAAAAUCUGUUGGUUUGGAAGAUUCCUGUUCAGCUAUUUCGAUUCGAGCUGAUGCCGAGGAAAAAUUUCGUCACUUGUUAGUACGACUAGUAAAAAAUAUUGCCGAUGAUGGACGUAUUCCUAUAGCGAUCAAAGUUACUGUCCGCAAGCAUGACUCAGUAAAGAAAACAAGUCACCGAGAGUGCAAACAAGAUAAAAUCUUGCCUUCUUUCUUUCGCCAUAAAGAUUGCAAAGUAGUUCUGGCCGAAGGAGCUCAAGAAAAAAUUCUUGCCACCAUCAUGAAAGUAUUCGAAAGAAUGGUUGACCUUAGCUCUCCUUUCAACAUAACUUUAUUAGGAUUGUCUUUCUUUAAAUUCCAAGAGCGUAAGGUUGGUAUAAAGUCGAUAGCUAAUUACCUUAUCAAAAAAUCUGAUAUCGAAGUACAGUCUAUUACAAACUUAAGUAACGAAGCUCUCGUUUUAAGUGAUGGUUUCGCUUCAAACAAGUCAUUUUCUAUGGCAAUGGACUGUGAUCAAAUGUCGAGUGCUGGAUUUUCGGAUUCUGCUUCAUUAGCAUCUUUGUCUGGUUCAGAAUCGGAUGUGGAACCUUCGCCCAAGAAGUCUCGUAGGAUGGUAACAUAUCUCGCACGUAAAAAGGAAAGCUUGUUAACAGCGACCAGUGAAGAUGAACUUUCCUCUCCUAGUAAACUUCGAGUAGCAGAAAUGCGAUUAAAUUCAAAGGAGUAUGAUCAAGAAACAUCUCAGUCAUCGGACAUUCCAAGCAGUUCAAAGUCGUGGGGUGGCUUUGUUAAAAAUCAUCUUUCUUCGUCUUCUACUCCGAUCAAAACUUCUCCUCUAGCAACUAUUAGUAAUAGUAAUACUGAUACAACUUCGAUUGGCGCAGGAACCGGCUUACCUACAAAUGUCGACCCUGAAGUAUUCAAUGCACUGCCAGCUGACGUCCAACAAGAGUUACUUCAAAACUGGCGCUUAGGUAACCCAACCCAGUCUUCUGGAGCGACAUCUUCAACAGCAAGUAGCUCAAAAAACACACUCCAUCGAUAUUUUGUUAAAAAUACUUAACAGUAUAGUAAAAUGGCUCUCUGGCGAUCAUCGAGAUGUAGGUUUAUAUCAGUGUUUUAUUUAUGAGAAAAAAAAUACAUUUUAUUUUUUGUUACUUUUCGUUUGCUACAUUCGGUUCUGUACACUUCUAAGAGAAUAAUAACUAUUCUUUUCAUCAUUGUUCCAAUAAAUUUCAAAGUAAAAUGAAGCCCAAAAAUACUGUUAUCAAGACAUCGUUUAGAAGAACUAUUUGAAGUUUGA